GUGAGAAGGGUUAUCUUGGAGCAAUACAUACAUAUAACUCUUUAGCGCGCAAAUCAGGAAACAAGCAUGUUAUUCUGAUUCAAUUGCAUAAACGGCUUUUUUAUCCGGCUUUAAUAAUCGCUCUUCUUCUGUACGUGGUUCUUCUAACGGGAUAUAAGGUUAGAGUCAUCGGGCAUCUUGCUUUACGCACGUCAAAGUAAGUGAGAAAAAUCAUCUACACGUUCAAUCUGUAAUCUUUUGGUUUGAAGAUUAUGAUAGCGCCGCUAAAUAUCUCCGGAGAUAUCUAAUGAGAGUCGCUCUGUUUUUUUUUUCAAUUUCAUACCGCCUGUUGUCACGUUGAAAGCUUCUGCUUAGCUCUUGAUAAAUUGAUAAGUUUUUAGAAGAAUCAACGUAACUGCAAGAUGAAUACUGUAUUCACUGGAAUUGAAUUGGGACCGCCCAUUGAAGUUUUUGCACUCAGCAAAGCUUUUACAGAUGAUCCACACACACCAAAGGUCAAUUUGACAAUUGGAGCUUACAGAACAAACGAAGGCAAACCAUGGGUGUUACCAGUAGUACGCAAGGUUGAAUCUGCUUUAGCUGCAGAUGAAACUUUAAAUCACGAAUAUCUUCCUGUAUUAGGAUUAGAUAGUUUUAGUCAAGCUGCUACAGCUAUGGUUUUAGGAAAAGAUUCUCCAGCUAUAUCUGAAGGUCGAGUGAUUGGGGUACAAACUCUGUCUGGUACAGGAGCACUCAGAGUAGCAGCUGAAUUCCUAGCUCGCAUUUUGCAUUUCGAUACAUUUUAUUACAGUAAACCAACUUGGGAAAACCAUAGAUUAGUUUUUUUAAAUGGAGGUUUCAAGAAAAACUGUGAAUACCGUUAUUGGGAUCCAAAUACUCGUGGUAUUAACUUAGAUGGUAUGUUAGAAGACCUGAAAAAUGCUCCAGAAAACUCAGUCAUUAUUCUUCAUUCUUGUGCGCAUAAUCCUACUGGCUGUGAUCCUACUCAUGAACAAUGGAAGAAAAUUGCUGAUGUGAUUGAAGAGAAGCGCUUGUUCCCACUAUUCGACAGUGCUUAUCAAGGCUUUGCAAGUGGUGAUUUGGAUUAUGAUGCUUAUGCUGUGAGAUUAUUUGUAAGUCGUGGGAUAGAAUUCAUAUGUACUCAAAGUUUUGCUAAAAACUUUGGAUUGUAUAACGAGAGAGUAGGAAAUUUCGUAUUAGUAGCAAAUAAUACCAAACUGAUUCCUGAAAUGAAAUCUCAAUUGACUCUCAUUGUAAGAGGAAUGUACAGCAACCCUCCUAACCAUGGAGCUAGAGUAGUUUCUACAGUACUCAACAAUCCUGAACUUUAUGAGCAAUGGAAAGAACAUAUCCGUACAAUGUCUGGAAGAAUCAAAGAAAUGAGAAAGGGUCUUUAUGAAAGAUUACAAAAAUUGAAAACUCCUGGUACCUGGGAACAUGUAAUAAAUCAAAUUGGAAUGUUCUCUUAUACUGGUCUCUCAGAAAAACAAGUCGAGUAUUUGAUAAAAAAUUAUCAUAUCUAUUUACUGAGAAGUGGACGAAUCAACAUGUGUGGUAUCAAUGAAAAAAAUUUGGAUUAUGUAGCUGAGGCUAUUCACAAUGCUGUAACAAAACUAUCCUAAGAAAUUAUUUAAUCCAAAUACAGAGUAGGUUUAUUUACGUUAUAAAAAGUACAAAGCCAUUUUGUAAUUUGAGAUAAAACGCUAAAUUUUUCGCUAAAAAAUGCCAAUAUAAAUUUGCCAUUCUUUAAGACAGAAUUUUGAAAUAUAUAUUUUUUUAUUAAAAUUAAAAAGUUCAACUAAAAUCAAUUAUGAAAACUAAAUUGCAAUAAUUAUCGAUAAGAUAAUAACCAUACAUCGAAUUUAUUGUUUGAGCAGUUGACUAAAAUACGAAAUUUCAAUUAUGAUUUUUUUAUAAAUCAUAAUUUUAUGUAUUUCAAAAAGAACCCAAAGCAACUAUAGGCUGUAUGUAUUUAGGAGAUUAAAUCUUAUAAUCAACUGUUAGAGUACUGCAAAAUAUCAUUAUAAAUAGAAAAGUACAGGUGUGUCAAACAAAACAAUAACAAUAAAAUACCACAAUCUAUUUUUACUAAUGUUGCUUUACAUGUGGUGAUAAUAAUAAUAGAAAGUUCCAUUUAAGAAUUCAAUAAGUAAAUACUGCCAAUCAUAGAUUAAUAUUACUCAUGAUUUUUUUAUUUACUUUCGAAAUUAAAACACCAAUUGUAAAGAAGGCAGUCACUAAUAUAUUUAUAUAAUUUUGUUGUUUAUUUGAGAUAAAAAAUACUUUACAAUUAUUAUCAAGAUAUUUAAAGAAUAAAAAUAAUAGACUGCAAAAAAAAUCGUUUGAAAGGUUGAAAAAUGUAUCCAAUCAAUAAAGUGCAAGGGAUCAGUCAAUGUUAAUUAUUCCUGCAUUUAUUAUGACCUGAAUCUGUAUAAGUGCAACUAUUGCAGCUGUUUAAUGCUAUAUACACUAUAUACACAUUGUUAUGAGAUAUUCAUAGAAACUUAGAUAUAAUUUAGGAAAUUAUAAAUGAUAUUUAGUUGAGAAUUCUGUUGAGUAUUGAUAAUAUAACAUUUUAGUAGUUUUGUAAAAUACACCUAUAAAAGUUUAAAUAAUAAAAACUUUGUUUAAAAAGCA